AUGCACAUGUGUCGGGUGUUAAUAUUUUUUACGGUCGUUUCGCUAUUCGAACUAGCGUUUAGUCAAUUACAACCUGCCAGUAACCCAGCUCUUAAUACAAGGUCUUUUGUACAAAAAAACUGUGAUGGGGUAAAAACUUUCAUAUGUGAUUCCUGCACAUCACGGCAGCCAUGCUUCGGUGAGAUCAAGGGCAAUGGAUCGUUUCCCUGCGACACAGGAUUUUACUGUACCGAAGGUAUUGCUUAUGAUCGCUGUAACCCAACACCUUCGAAUGAAUGUUUAACGUCUACACUGGGCUCGACAUUUACUUGUACUUCUAGAGGAAUUUCUCCAGAUCCCGUCAAUUGUAAUAUCUACCAUGUGUGUCUUGGCGCUGGUGAAACUUCCUCAAUUUACAAAUGUCCACCAGGCUAUGUUUUUAGUGUACAAACUAGUGCUUGUAUUCGUCAGCUGACGGCCGCUAAUUGCGUUACCGUAAGAUGUCCAGUAGGAGACCCUAGUUACGUUCUUUAUGGAAGCAAUCGCCAGUACUACGUUACAUGUGAUGGUCAAAACCAACCUACCAGAGUAUUACGUUGCCCAACUGGAGCUUUUUUUACGUAUUUUACUUCUAAUACGCGUAUAGGUGAAUGUGUAUACAGUUGUUCGGGACAAGGCAAUUACCCUAAUAGUAAUAACCCUAGUUCCUAUUACCAAUGCUUUAUAUCGAAUGGCCGUUUAGUUUACACGGAACUGGAUUGUCCAACCGGAACCCUCUUUAAUCAAACGCUACAAUUUUGUAUACGACAGUAACUG